AACUGUGGGGACACUGAUGUUUAAAUUUGAACCGUCUGCAUCGAUAUAACAUACCUUGAAUUUUUCAGAAAUUUGUAUACUUGAAGAGCAAAUGGGGCUUGUGAUUUAUGGCAAACCCGUGAACCCAGAUAGAAAGGCGGUCAAACCUAAAACUGUUGACCUAGUUAAAAGAUAUGCGAAAUGUGUAGAGUUAAGAAGAUAAACACUGAAUGGCGGUUAUUAUUGUAACAUAAUACAUGUUGACAUUGGGUCAAAAAGAAACAAAAUGAAACAUUGUAUGAUAGUCAUAAAAGAAGGUCGUUUUAGAUAUAUAUAACCGAGGCCAAAUCGAAUCGGAUACAUGUAUAAAAUUUGGAUCAAUAUAUGUACAUCUUUUUCAAUUCAUGUUUAUAUAUAAUAGGGUAGAUAUCUAUCUAAGUAGAUUCACAUGAAGCGUGAAAGAAGUUAGAUGAAUACGUAUACAUGUGUAUCUUUAUUGAAAACGUGUGUCUUGGAGUUCUAAUGAAUAGAAACGUGCGCAUCUUCUUGGACAAUAAAAGUGUGGCAUGAAGCGUUACAGGGAGUGCCGCAGAACUGGCGCAGGUGCCUAUAUACGGAUAAUCUUUGGUUUUGUCGCUCGGGAUCGAUAUUAAAAGCUAUAUACAGCAUGAAAGCAGACGACACAAGCAAUAUUACUGCCAGUACCAAGAUAAGAUGGAAGUAUUCACAAUUUUAUAUUUUGUGACGUUCAGUUUAGUUUUAGUGCAUGCUUACAACAUAAAUUUGACGUCAUGUCGGACUUGCUCGAACCGGGUUGAUGUACCUUGUUAUAUUCAGGAACUUGACUACCCCUGUAUACAUGAUGAGUUUGAUGGAAUAUGGCCGGGAGUUCCGAGAAAUUUAUCAAGUAGGGGAGUGAAGAUUGGUAAGGAUGAUAUGGCAGCAAAUUUCACGUGGAACGCACCUUAUGACGCUUCAUAUAGGACACUGAAUGGCUUCUUACUCACAGUGAACAUAGCGGAGGAUUAUAUUAUUCAAAGCAUGAGGUAUACCCUACAGCAGCUGCCUAUAUGUUUCUUUGCCAACCUGUCGGGAACAAACUGGGAUAUGGUUCCGAAACCCCAUUCUGUGUUAUUUCAUUUUGACUGUGUGACAUCCAAUAACCAGAAUAUGGUGGAGGUGAGCCUGACGUUAAAGAGCAGUCCGGUACCCGGCGAGAAAUCACUGACCCCACUCUCAAAAAGCCUGAAACUUGCACCUGCCAAAAUUGAAAUGACCCGUAGACUAGAAAGGCAUCAGAGAGAUACUUUAUUCGGCUUUAUUAAAAUAAUUGAAGGCACUACCCGAACAGGUUAAAAAUGCACGAUAACUAUAAAAUUAUACUCUAUAUAUAAU